CGUUUAUAUCUGUUUGUCGAUAACCCGAUAACCCUUUGCCUGUCUUGACUACGUUUUUUGUAUUAUGAUUUGGAUUUGUCUGCCUGUUUUUAAAUAAAUACGUCUUUACCUGCUUCCGUACUCUACUCCCUUAUGUCUCGCGACGUAACAGAAUACUCCGGAACAGAAACAAAACAAACGUACGUGUCCAUAGUAAACUUCCGUCAAUAUCCGAAGAGCAUGUAGCUCGUGCAUGCGCUCGCCCCCUCAUCAAGGUCGUGACAUUUGCGCGUCUCACUCUGGAUGCUAGGCUAUUUGGACGCGUCAUCAAACACGUCAUUGUUCGAUCAAAUUUAUUCGGCCGAACACCGGAAAUGUUUUUUUUUUUUGCUAUUUUCAGCCGAAUAAUUUCGGUUGCCGAACAUUCGGUGCAUCCCUAGUUAUAACCUAAAGCCUCAUUUCCACCGGAAUUACACGGGACAAUUAAUCCCAGGAACUUUUUUCAUGGGACCAUUUCAAGGGUUCCUCCAGAGCUUUGUUGUCUGCGUUUCCAUCGUGGUCUAAAGUACUGUGAAGAUUAGGCAUAUUAGUCCAGUGUCAUAUGACUGUGCACGACAAGCCCUUGGUAAGGAUAUGAAGCCUCAAAGUAUGCUACAAUCAAACUGAUUAUUGAGACAAAGUAAGUGGAUUUUUCAAAAUGAUGUAAUAAUGUAAAAUGUUUGUUUGGCUAGUGGUUAGGAUUCGGUGUGCUCACUGCCAUGGCUUGGGUUCUAUUCCCAGUCAUGGAAUGAAUUUUUUUUUAAAGGUAAAGGUUCGUGUUUGAAAAAUGGACAGUCUGAUCACAUUUUCUUAACGACACUGCACAGCAACAAGUAUGGAGGAGCUUCAAGCUGUGCUGCUGUAGAUUGAGAUGUAUUGCUUUGCUAAAGAGAUAAUUGAGAAAACGCUGGAGAAGAGCCGAGCAAUGGUAAUAAAGCGGAUUCAGAAUGCUCGUAAAGCUCCACUUAAAGUAAACAAACGGAUUUGAUCAGCUAUUGCUGAGAUGACCGAGACGAACGCGCGUGUGCACAAGCUUCUCUCUGCACUGUUUUCCUGUGUGAACAACGGCCAGCUCGCUUAACCGACUUCAUAGUUCUAAGUAUACUUUUUCAUCACUAGUCGCCGUUUCUGGUUAACGCUAUAUUUCGUCUUCAGCAUAAAUACUUAUUAAGGCCUGAAGCUCGUCGUCGGUCCAGCUGUCGUAUAUUUUAAGAAACCCCAUUGUGUUGUUUCAAAUUGCAAUAAACAACUUUUACUGUACGCAUCGCAACAGACUUUUAAAAAUGGUGCUUGGGGGGAAAAAAAUGCUGCGUACACUCAACCAAUCAGCAUAUUCAGCAAGGCAAAUCACACCUCCCAAGUAGGGACUUUGUGAGGGCUAAAUAUUUUACCUGGAACUUAAUUUAGACCCUGGUACCUUUGGUGGAAACACACAGAGUACCUCCAGAAGUCCCUAGUUCCUGCUGUGGAAAAGUGGCGUAAGUGAUCAACAGGAACUAAUUUGUCCUGCAGAUGUUACACAUCAUUAAUAAAUUAAACAUUGUAAUUGUUGCCAGGUUGCUUUUGUGUAAGAGGAAUAACCCACUCCAGACUGUGCUGUUCCACAACAGUAACACCCAGCAUGGGGUAUGGGUCUAGAUUCUCGAAGUCCAGACAGCUCUUCUGUGUCGUCACCACCUUCAGGGAAACAAUCGCCUGCUCUGGUUCCCUCAGCAGCUGCUAUGACCUCACUGCCACCCGUUACUUCGGCAGUCAGCAGUCCGAUUAGCAGCAUGGGAUCACCCUUUUCUGUCAUCAGCUCUUCUCUAGGUUCCCCAUGCCUCCCUGGGACGCCAUCAGUGGGUUACGGCCCUAUUAGCAGUCCCCAGAUCAACUCCACGGUGUCCAUGUCCGGCCUACACGCCGUCAGCAGUUCCGAUGAUGUAAAGCCGCCGUUUGGCCUGAAGCCACUUUUAAGCCACUCCCCUGGACCUACACUCUCGCAGAAACGGCUUUGUGCGAUUUGUGGCGAUCGCUCCUCUGGUAAGCACUAUGGUGUCUACAGUUGUGAGGGAUGUAAAGGCUUCUUUAAGCGCACGGUCAGAAAAGACCUGAGCUACACAUGCAGAGAUAACAAGGACUGUAUGGUGGACAAGCGCCAGAGGAAUCGCUGCCAGUACUGCCGCUACCAGAAAUGUCUAGCCAUGGGCAUGAAGAGAGAAGGUGUUGCAGCUGUUCAGGAGGAGCGUCAGAGGAACAAAGAGCGAGACGGAGAAGUGGAGUCCACCAGUGCAGUGAAUGAAGAAAUGCCAGUGGAGAAGAUCCUGGAAGCGGAGAUGGCUGUGGAACAGAAGAUAGAGCUGCAAUCUGAUGGAAGUUCAGGCACCAGCUCUGAAAACGAUCCUGUCACGAACAUCUGCCAGGCAGCUGAUAAACAGCUCUUCACGCUGGUGGAGUGGGCCAAGAGAAUCCCACACUUCUCAGAACUGGCUCUUGAUGACCAGGUCAUCCUUCUACGUGCCGGCUGGAAUGAGCUGCUGAUUGCCUCAUUCUCUCAUCGCUCCAUCGCUGUGAAGGAUGGUAUUCUGCUGGCCACUGGACUCCACGUCCACAGAAACAGUGCACAUAGCGCAGGAGUGGGAGCCAUCUUCGAUAGGGAGAGUGCGCACAAUGCAGAGGUUGGGGCCAUAUUUGACAGGGUGCUGACUGAGCUAGUGAGUAAGAUGAGGGAUAUGCAGAUGGAUAAGACUGAACUUGGGUGUUUAAGAGCCAUCAUCCUUUUCAACCCAGAUGCGAAGGGGCUUUCAAACCCAAGUGAAGUGGAGUUACUGAGAGAGAAAGUCUAUGCUGCACUAGAAGCUUAUUGUAAACAGAGAUAUCCUGACCAGCAGGGCAGGUUUGCCAAGCUCCUCCUCAGACUGCCAGCAUUGCGCUCCAUUGGUUUAAAAUGUCUGGAACACCUGUUCUUCUUCAAGCUGAUUGGUGAUACCCCAAUUGACACCUUUCUCAUGGAGAUGCUGGAGGCGCCCCAUCAACUGACCUAAUCUGGACCACUUUCUACCCAGUUGUAUCUGGUUAGCACCAGGGUGUACCGGUAGCCUGGACAUUGGGGCUUCACUGUGUCUGUUCAAUCUCCCUGCUUACACCUUCCUUUAUUUUCUCCUUUUCUUCUCCCUUCCACGUUGUCUCCUAUGCUAGUAUUGCGCCAAAAAGACUUUCAUCUCUCAGAAAACAAAGCGGGGGACAUUUUUCAUCGUUGAGAGAAAUCUGUAUUUUGCAAAUAAGGCUUUUCGAGGUUGUUUUCGGUUUUACACUUCCAUUCUCAGAGCCUUUUUAUUGAUGUUGGUGCUCAGCUAUGUUAGUUUUUAAUCUGCUACAAAAGAAAAAAAAAAUACAGCUGGUACAUUUCUUUUCUCACUACAGCUCGUUAGAAAGCUAACGAGUUGAACGCACAGCUCUCAUGCGCAGGACGUGAAGUUUCAUCACUCGCUGUAACCUUAAAGCGGCUGUCACACCUGAUGCGAAUAAAAUCUGCCUGGUGAAAAAGCCAGUUCACUUGAAUGGAAGAGGACAUGGUAUAUGGUGGGGGGGUGGGGGGGGUUGCUUCCUGUAGCAGUUAAUUUCUCCUCAUCAUUCUUCUCUGAUUUUGGUUUUUGUGUCGUGUUCAUGUAGAUGAAACUUAAGCCCAUGAAUCUGCAAAUCUUGGAUUAGAAUCGUGGGCCAAUAGAAAACUAGAGCACGGUGCUGGAGUCGUGUCUUUCUGGAGUAACUGCUUAUGAUUACUGUAUUUACUGUUUCCCUGUUUUUCUACAGCAGCGUGUCCAUGGAAUUGGUUAGCAGGAGCUGAAGAGCUGUUCCAAUCUCGCUAUAUGAACCUCCUAAUAAUAUUCUACUUAACAAGCUAAAGGCACUUGGCAGUCUGAGAUGAUUAGUCUGCAUCGGCAAGGUUAGCUGUUCACUGAAUCAGUUGUUUCCUUCAAGGUCUGUCCAUAAUCAACCGACUUUGCUCAACCCUGGCAAAUAAAUUCACAAAACUCUGGUGUGCUUGCUCCUUCAUGCUACACCACCAGUGAAAAUGGGGGAAAAAAAACAA